AUGGAGGUUAUUAGCAGCUCUCCUGAAGCCGCCUCAUUCGUGCCGCUGGCUGAACACCAGUCGCGCACCCCGAGCUCCUUCUACUCCGGACCCCCAGUAUUGUACCACCACAGUCAGCGCUGCAAGAUCGUUAUCCUUGAGCGCGAGCUCCUUGCCACUCCAGCACUGAAUGCCUUGCGUGGCCAAGAUGCUGUAAACAACAGCGCUGCAAGCCAAGACGAUGACGAGAAGGAGGUCGCAAUCUCAGGCGUGGAUACUUGGGUGACAUCCGAAAAGUUUUUCUUUUUCUCCCCUACCGCCUCCACAGGCGUGUCAAUCCCCUACCCCUCGAUCUCACUUCACGCACUCCAACGGCUACGCGUCCCAGACACCGAUGCGGAAGUCCAGGGCCUGUAUAUGCAAGUUGCGACGCCGGGUGCGCCCUCAGCUGAUGACGAAGAGGAAUGCAUCACAAUGACCGUGGUGCUGCCCGCCGACGCCACGCUACAAGAGCCCGUGGAGACUGAGUCCGAUACACCCACGCAGCAGCUUUACGACGCUGUCUCGGCCUGCUCGAAUUUACACCCUGAUCCCGUUGAGCAGGGCGAUGAGGAUGAGGAGGAUGGGCCUAAGUUCAUUUCGGCUGAAGAGCACGAGGGAGUCUUCCAGCUUGGAAAUGGGGAUAUGCCCCCUCCUGUUGAUGGGAGCUCUGGGUGGAUCACGGCAGAUAAUAUGGACCAGUUCUUUGAUGCAGAUGGGAAUUGGAUUGCUGCUGGUGAGCCGCCUUCUUUCCCACUUGGGCCUGGAGCUGGGACUGUUAGAGCGCGAGAGGGAGAGAAUGGCGUCGAAGAGAAUGGAGAAGAGGAUGAGACCAAGUGGCGGAAGACGGAUUGA